AGCAGCUGCUGGAAUUUCAGUGCGCGUUCACGUCUCAGGUCUGGGGAUGGUGGUGCCGUCUCCGCGCCCCCGCCGCCGGAGUUAAAACUUUUUUGACUCUUAAAAGGAAUCUACAAAAACAGUCAAAAUGUACAAACAAUCAGCCAAACCUUGAUUGGACUCUUUUCUUCUUGACGAGUUGCUGCAGUCAGAGGCUGUGGGACUUAGGGUUCUCCAUGGAGACAGUGGUGAUCGUGGCCAUAGGGGUGUUGGCCACCAUCUUCCUGGCCUCCUUCGUUGCUCUGGUGGUGGUGUGCAGACAUCGCUACUGCCACCCUCACGACCUGCUGCACCACUUCGACUGCAAGCCCACAGUGGAUCUGAUUGGAGCCAUGGAGACACAGAGUGAGCCCUCGGAGCUGGAGUUGGAUGAUGUGGUCAUCACAAACCCUCACAUCGAAGCCAUCUUGGAGAAUGAGGACUGGAUCGAGGAUGCAUCCGGCUUGGUGUCACACUGUAUCUCUAUUCUAAAGAUCUGCCACACUUUGACUGAAAAGUUGGUGGCCAUGACAAUGGGAUCAGGGGCAAAGGUCAAAGCACCCGCCAGUUUGAGUGACAUCAUUACAGUGGCCAAACGGAUUAGUCCAAGAGUGGACGAUGUGGUCAGGUCUAUGUACCCACCUCUGGAUCCAAUCCUCCUGGAUGCCAGAGCCACUGCUUUACUCCUUUCAGUCAGCCACCUGGUGCUGGUGACCCGCAACGCCUGUCACAUGUCUGGCAGCAUGGACUGGAUUGACCAGUCGCUUCACGCGGCGGAAGACCACAUGGUGGUUUUGCGUGAGGCGGCACUGGCUUCUGAACCAGAGCGAAUCCGACCUGGAGCUGAUGCUCAGAGAGAACAGGCCAUUUGAGACAUAAACCUAAAGCAGCACAAAUCUGCAGUAUUCUGUUUUGAAAAUUCAGUUCAGACUUUCGUUGAAACAUCUAGCCAACAAUAAAAACCAUCCACUUCAACAGUGACCUAGUGGUAUGUAAUAAAUUAGACAUUUCAGUUUUACAUCUGUUGCUCCCGAGUGAACAAAAUAUGAGCAAAAUGUCUAGAGAAACUUUGUCUCAAAUGCUCCGUCCAGCGGUGAGCCUAAAUCCAGUCCGACCAGCACUGCAGUCACAAGGAGGCUUAGUCAGCUAAUCCAUCCUGACGAAAAUAACGUCCAUCAGCCAGUUAACCUGAAGGUGCUCCAACUCACUGUAUCACAGUAAAAGAAGCCUAGCUUGCUUAGUAUGUGUGGGGUCAGUGUGACUUUAGGAUUCAGUGAAAAAAACACAUUGUUCAAAUACUCUGAUGCUAGCAGAAGAGACAAGAUACUCGGCAAGUUUUUAUUAUUUUUUUCCCUCACAUGUUUUAGAAGUGUAACUCUCACUAUGGCUGACCAAUUUAGCUCAAAAUUUAUAUUAUGUAAAUAAUGCAGAUAAAAAUGCUGGACAUUGUCCUUCUGGAGAUUCUAGUAAAGAGCAAAAUUAUUUUUGCCAAUAAUUACUGCGAGUUAUCCAGGUCCUGAAGCAGCAAAGCAGGACCAGACCACACGACAUCCACCAUUUUAGAUUGUCAGUAUGAUGUUUUUUUUCUGAAAGGCUGUUAGUUUCCCAUCAGAUGUAAUAGGACACACACUUCCCAAGAAGUUCCACUUUUGAAAAUUUCCCAAGAGUCUAGAGGGAUCACGUGGAGACAAAAGCAAUGAAAAGCCUUUCAGAAAGUUUUUAUUUUAUGGGAAAAAGAUAGGCCUUUGUAUUAUUUUUCAUCAGCAGUGGUUUUGGCCUUGUAACUCUUCCAUGGAUUCCUCCUCCUUAUUGGUAAACAAUUAACACUGACCUUAACUGAGGCAAGUAAGGCCUGCAGUGCCUUAGAUGUUGUCCAGGUUUCUUUUGUGACCUCCUGGAUGGCUGUCUGUCCACUCUACUGGGAAGGCUCACCACUAUUCCAUGUUUUCUCCAUUUCUGGAUAAUGGCUCUCACUGUGGUAGCCUGGAGCCCCAAAAGCUUUAGACAUUUUUUUGCAAUGCUAUCCAGACCUAAUAAAAAUUUUUACCCAUCUCCCUCUGAAUUUAUUUAGAUCUAGACAUGCAUGCAUGCAUUACGUCCACUUGUCAGACAGGUUUUUACAUGCUGCCAAGUUGGUUUGAAUAGCUUUUUGUCCCAAAUGAACAAAAUUAUGAUUUAAAAACUGCAUUUUGUAUUUUCUCAUGUUAUCUUUGUCCAAUAUUAAAAUACAUUUUGUGAUCUGAAACACUUAAUUGUGAUGAAAGCAGAAAUUCGUAAGGGUGCAGAAACGUUUUACAGCACUGUAUUGGUAUGUCAUGAAGACAAUAUCUGUUGACAGAGGUGAAGCAGAAUUAGCUUGUUGCUUUGGGCCGGAGGGAUGUUAUUGGAGCAUGUCUACCUGCUCCCUCAUGCAUAGCUAAUACUGAAUCCCCAAGCAGCAGUAAUAAGGCAUUACCCACAGACGAUGUGAACCCACUGCCCUCAACUACAGCCCCCAUGGUUUUGUACACAAAGUCUUGGCAAAAAAUAACAGUUGGAUGACAAAUGAUAAAUACAAAUAUAUUUGGUGACAAUCAGAAAAUGUGGGCAUAGAGCAGAUGUUUUCUACUAGGUUUAUAAAAGUAAUGCAAGAACCACAGCUCUGAGCACAGAUUGUUUCUUGUAAAUGUACAAAUGAAAGAACACAGGUAGACAUUUUUUUGCCUUAUUUUGUUUCCAUGUUUAUAUGCAUUGACAUUUUUCCCUAUUUUUAUUCAAUAUUUUUUUUUUGCUUAUUGCCAUAAUUUGUAUUUUUCACUAUCUUGUACAGAAACAAAUUCUCCUACAGGAACCAUAUAGUUACUAUAGGAAAAUAAUUUUCCAGUUAAAAGUUCACACAGUCUGACAUAAAUAAAGUGAUUUUUCUUUCUCUGUU